AGAUGCUGGAUACCGGGAGAUAACUGGUGCCAGGAAGUAGCGGAUACUGGGAGGCAGCAGUUACUGGUGGAUCCAGGACCCCCACCAUCUGUCCCUGCAGACCACCCGGACUACGUUGAGGAGCAUCCUAAGACAUUGAGGCAGGGAUCUGACGCCCCGCUUCUGAUGUUUGCCCCCCGGCUCGGAUAUCCCUCAGGAUGGGAAACUCGGUGAGCAGACCCAGCUGUCUGGGAGACAGGAGCCGCAAGUCUGAGCGCUUUCUGAAGGAAUGUCUGAAGAAGGAAGCCAUCGUGAGGAACAACGGCGAUCCGGGCACCGACUCGGGAGACAAGAAACCCUACGAGCCGGCAACUGAGAAAGAGCUGAACGCGAGCCCAACCUCCAGCGGCAGCUGGACCAGCAACCCUCCCCCCAAACACAACAAUACCGACGGCCACAAUGGGACGCUCAGAAUCAGGACCCCCAAAUCCACCCCAGAUCACAGGGGCAACGCGUGGACCCCGCAGAGAGGAACCCUGCAGAGGGCGUCUGGCAGCAGCUGCUCCUGGAAGCCGCUGGCAAGCAGGGAGGUCACGGAGGUCACGGAGGUCACAGAGACCAUUGUCACAGAGAUUGUGGAGGUGACCCAGUACCCAACCGGAGACAAAAGUGGAGAACCCAUAGUGACCAGGACGGUGAAGGUGCUCACAGAGCGCGGCGGGGAGCUGUCCGAGGUUCAAACCAGCAGAGAAGCUCAGACUGAAUCCCAGUACAGACGGGGCCAGUGGGACAAACUGGGGAAGACAGUCCCCCAGCGUGCGCUGAUAUUGCCGGACUGGCCGGGUAACGAGCCGCCAGAGUCCCUGGAGACGGUCCUGGGUUGGGUGUCAGACAUGGAGGAGUUGACCGAGGCCCAGAAAUCGCCCUCCUGCGAGGUGAAGGUGGUGAAGGCCCAACUCCAGGAGCAGAAGCUUCUCCAGCGAUUGCUAGACGAGAGGAGACCACGAAUCGAGAGGGUCUUGGUGGACAAGAAGACCCCAACUCAGCUCCUCCCUAUAGAAGCUGGGGAGCGAGAGGGACCGCCGAGUCCUCUUUCAGAGCUUCAAGACCGCUGGGACUCGCUCCUCCAAAAAGCAGAAGCCAGGCACCGGCAGCUGGAGAGGAUCACUCCGGUGGCGCAGGAUUUCCAGGGAUCAUUAGAUAGCUUCCAGGAUUGGGUGAAUGCCACGGAGAGGAAGCUGGUAGAGCUGUGGCGGGCCAAUGGCUCCAAGAGCCAAAUCAACGAGGCCUACCAAGAAAUCCAGCUCCUAAGUGAGGACGUCCAUUCCAAGCCAGGAGAUCUGGACGGGGUUCUGGAGAAGGGGCAGAUGUUACUGGAACUGGUAGCAGGCAAGUGA